AUGAUUCCUUUCCUGUCAUAUCACAUUUUACCGACUCAAGCCAUUGUGAGAAAUAAUAUUCACAUUGGUCAUGUAAAAGAAGAUAUUGAAUGCUUACUUAUGGCAUUGGGCCCAAUUUUAUACAUCUUCCAUCAAGACAUACCCAAACCUCAUCUUCUUCAUCCGAACAUAAUUCAAAAUUUAGCUAUUAAGCCUGAAACAUCAAAACUAUUACCAUUACUUGGGUGGCUACCCAACGAUGCAGGAGAAUAUUGUUACUGCGAUACGGAGUCACCACAAGAAAUUGAGUGUCGAAAAGAGGCUGCACGAGAGUUUCGCAAAUUUUACAAUGAACUUGCGACAGCCAAAAACAAGCAUCCAAAUCAACUCGAGAAUUUUCUUAGUAUUCGCAUAGCCGUUCCAUUUUCGUCGUAUUCAAUUCUACCUGCCAAAAGUAUUGUACAAGCCAAUGUUCGCAUCGGUCACGUGAAAGAAGACAUUGAAUCUUUCCUUCGACCAUUAGUUCCUCUUCUGUAUAUUUCCAAACCGGAAAUACCAAAGCCAGCAUUUCUUCAUUGGCACAUUAUUCAAAAAAUUGCCAUGAAGCCCGGAACAUUACAACUUUUAGAACUAUUCGGUUAUUGCCCAAAUGGAAAAGGUGAUUAUUUGUUGGUUGAUGCGAAAUCGACACAGGAAUUAAUGGAACGUGCUCAAGCUGCCAGUGAGUUUCGUCGAUUUUAUGAUGAACUGAAGAAAAUCAAAGAUGACCCAGUAGGCGUACUGGAAUACUGCCUAAGUCAUCCGAAGAGCGCAGCAACGGCAACUGACUUAUGCUUCUAA